GACGGUAAGGAGGAGGGGAGGAAGCAGGGAGCGGAUCAGGCAGCGGUAGAGGGGAGGAGAGGCGGAGAGGCGGCGGGUUGUUCUGCCGAGGAGGACGUGGCGGGUCCGGCGGAGUUAGCUACAAGUGACGGGCAGCGGAGCCAUGAACCGGACCACCCGCAGGCUGGUCCCAGUCAGGUGUAGGUGGUGACGUCAGCAGAACGUGUCGUCAUUGGAUCCCCAGAGGAGACACUCAGGGACACGCCCCCUACCAGCUGGCUCCUCCUCUCUCAGGACAGGUAGAUUUUCAACCUCGGCAGCGGAGGGGGGAGCGGGAGGAAGGACAGCAGGAGGAGGAGGAGGAGGAGGAGGAGGAGGAAGAGGAGGAAGGUGGAGUUGAUAACCUCAGCAAUACUUCAGGUGUUGAAUCAGAGUGAGGUGAGGAGGAGUAGCUCAGCCCCUCACCAUGACAGACUUAGAGACUGAGUGUUUGAGUCUCGGGUUGCCCCCCGAGUGCGCCCCUGCCCCCCCGCCUCUGGACACCUCCCUGCAGGUGGACUGCGGCCCAGGGCCCGCCGCCUCGGCCCCGGCGCUGGCUCUCCUAUCCUCUGACUGCCCCACGCCGACGCUCAGCUCGCUAGCGGCGGAGAUCGCCGAGCCGCUGGUGAUGCUGCCGUGUGUGAAGAGCGAACCGGAGGACGGGGACCUGGAGCCCAUCCGGACCGUCGACCUGUCGGAGAUCCAGCCGCUGUCCACCGCUGAGCUGGGCCAGGACCAGAUCAAGAUGGAGAUCAGCGGCCUGGACUACAUAAAGUCUGAGCAUCACGGUCACCACGGCAACCACCACCUGGGCCCGUUCCACCAUACCGAUGUCACAGAGCUGGACUACAAGUCGCACUACGAGCCCAGCUCAGUGUUUGACUAUAUCUCCCAGGUGACGGACACGCUGGAGUACAUCAAGUCAGACCACCACGUGGACCUGCAGUGUUACUACACCACGGAGCUGGGCUCCCUGAAGUCUGAGUACCCAGAAUGCAACGCCAUCUCUGGCCACCUGCAGCACAACGGCCUGGAGUCCAUCCACAUGGCCGAGCUCCGCACCGAGCUCAACAAGCUGCGGCCCGACGCCCUGCUGAUGGACGGAAUAGGCAAACUGGACCCUGAGUUUGGAGGCGGGACACUCUACGAGCUGCAGCCAGCCGCGGAGGGGAAGAUGUCUGCUGAUGUGACGGCGGCCGGGCAGGGAGGCGGGAGUCUGGUCAUCACAACCAAAACACAAAACCCAACGGCGAGGAAACCUCGCAACAUGCAGGGUGAGAAGCCUUUCUCUUGCACACAGUGUGGGAAGAACUUCAGCACGCUUGGAAACCUCAAAACACACCAACGCAUCCACACAGGCGAGCGGCCUUACACCUGCUCACAGUGCGGCAAGAGCUUCGGCCAGGCCGGCAACCUCAAACGGCACCAGCUGAUCCACACCGGCCAGAAGCCGUACGUGUGUGCACACUGCCCCAAAGGCUUCACCAAGGCCGAUGACCUGCGAUCUCACCAGCGGCUGCACACGGGUGAGCGGCCGUUCAUCUGCGUCACCUGCGGGAAGAGCUUCGGCCAGUCGAAGGAGCUGAAAGCUCACCAGCUGAGCCACACGGGCGAGCGGCCGUUCUGCUGCCAGCACUGCGGCAAGAGCUUCACCAAGGAGACGAGCUACCACAACCACGUGCAGAUCCACACAGGUGAGAAGCCGUUCACCUGCUCGCAGUGUGGCAAGACUUUCAGCAACUCCGGCGUGUUAAAAACCCACGAGAAGAUCCAUACGGGUGAGCGACCGUUUGGCUGCACGCAGUGCGGCAAGAGCUUCGGCCGCCUCGGCCACCUGAAGGCUCACCAGCAGAUCCACACGGGGGAGCGGCCGUACGCCUGCCCCCAUUGCGGGAAGACUUUCAGCCAGUCGGGUCACCUUAAAGCACAUGAGCAAAUCCACAAGCGAGAGCGAGCGGACACGGCGAGCACCAGCAGCAACGGCGGCAGCAGCAGCAGCAGCAGCAGCAGCAGCAGCAGCAGCAGCGUGGGCAGUGACAGUAGCUAAAACAGACUCAACACCCUUUAACCUCCUGGAACAACAAAGUAUUAUUCCUCUUUUCUAUAAAUACUAUAUAUGAAUUUUUUUCCUUAUGAAUUUUUUCUUACAUUUUCAUACCUUUUGUGCUCUUUUGCAUAUAUACAUAUAUAUAUAUAUGUAUAUAUAUAUGUAUAUAUAUAUAUAUGUGUGUAUGUAUAUAUAUGGGGACUCUGACUGAUUUGCUCUUAUGCAAGUGUCUGUGUGUGUGUGUGCAUGUCUGUCUGUGUGUGUGUGUGUGCGUGUGUGCGUGCGCGCGUGUGUGUGUCGGGGGGGCUUGUAGAUAAUUUGUCUGUACUGUCGUGAGUGUCGAGCUGAGUCGCAGUACUUCUCUGAUACAGAGCACAAAUACUUCAGGACCAAGUUUGAGUAUUUCAUAUUUUUGUAAAGAAUCAGACCAGCAGCUCCGGACCGACUGGGGCCCCGUCUCCUGAUCGAUCCCACAAGUUUUACAAACGCUCUUAAAUUUAAACUCGAGUUUCCCAAAGCAGCGAGUGCACGAGCAGUGUGACGAUCACACAUUUAACCCUCCAUACAGAAUGUAUUAAAAAUACACAAACAAAGUGUAAAUGUUGUAAACAACACAAAGAAAUGUUUAUAUAUAAGAAAGUAAACAAUCGAUUAAAGUUAUAAUCCUGAAGAUUUCAGUCUGUGGUUACUGUGGCAACAGCGGAAUACAACAAAAGCCAAACAAACGUACUUUUGUUGAUGUGCUUUUGAUCGCAAUCAGUGUUUCCUCUGGCUGCUUCACAAUAAAAGCCUCCUUGUGUUUCUUCACCAGUUGAAGUCUUAAUGUGAAGCAGCAGCAGCAGAAGGAAGUGUUGUGUGAGCGUUAGCUUAAUACAGCUGUUAUACAGAUGCAGGAGAGAGAACAGUAAACACUGAGGCUGAUAUCUACGGGAUUCAUUUACAAAUCGUAACAUUUGAUUACUUGUUGCAUUGUUUCCUGAUAUCUGAAUUAGGACUGUGCAAUAUGACAAUAUAUACUGUGUGACGAUAGAAAAUUGUCUUUCGUUUCAUAUUAUGCUCUAUCUUUUGUUUGUUUGUUGUGUUGCAAAUCACACUCUUUACGGCAAUAUUUUUGUCAUUUGGAAGACGCUUUGCAGUCUUUGGCACGGCACGGAUGCAGGCGGUAAAUUUGUAUGAAGGCAACACAAACAAACAUGGAGGAGAGUGAAUGUGAUGCAGAACGGGGUAACCCCAAGACGAAACAAGGAGCUUGUACCUAAAAGAGGGUCUCCUUCUGUUGCAGGGACGUAGUUUAGGUAUGAAAAGUCUGACACAGACCAGAAAACUGCCUACGCAAGACAGAAGCAGAAAAUGUGCUUUUUCUCAAUUGUUUUUGUCUCUAAAAUGUCAGAAAGUAGUGAAAAAUGUUUGUUACAAUUUCCCAGAGUCACAGGUGAUGUCUAGAGAGACUCUUGUUUUGUUCAUUAUCGAUUAUUUUCUCUACUAGUUUGGUCCAUCAAAUGUCAGAAAAUGGUCAGUGUUUCCCAAAGACGACAUCCUCAAAUGUCUUGUUUUGUCCACAACCUACUGUCAGAGGGCUAAAGAAACCAGAAAACUCAUGACUCAUGGUUGUAGCUUUAGUUUAAACCCCCAAAUAUUCAGUUAAAUAUCUUGUAAGACAAAGCAUUAAAUCAUCACAUUUGAGAAGCUGAAACAGGAAGACGAUUAAUCUAUUAUCAAAAUAGAUUCUGAUAAAUUUUCUGUUGAUCAACUAAUCAAUUUAUCAUUGAAACUCUUAAUUUUAAUCCAGCCCAGGAAUGGAGAACUCCACCACUAACAAAGACAACAAAAAGUACAGCUUCGUAAAUGUGAAUAUUUUCUGUUUUUUUUAGUCUCCAUGACAGUAAACUGU